UGUGGAGCUUAUCCAUGCGCAACAAUGAUCAGUGUCACUAUUAAAUUGCGUCAUUUAUCUCAAUGACCCCUCCAAUAGAUAACAUUUUAUUUUGGCAAAUCUUGUUAUACUCCUGGUUGGUCAGCAGAUGUACUUGGUCGUGCAGCGGAGAGGGUGUGUGCUGGAGAGGAGGGGUUAAAUUCGGGAGGGUGGGUGGCUGGGUAUAGAUUGCAGAGGGAGCCCUGGUGGGUCAGGCUGCAUUGUGAUAGCGACAGAUGUCCUCGGAGCCAGCCACACUGCACCCUCCUCGCACUCGCACUCGCACAGCAAGAGCGGAAUCCGCCCGCAGCUGUCACUUGCAAGGCUUUCACCUCCAUUAGCACAUUCAAGCGGAGCCUGGAGAGCAACUGAUCACUCUCUUCGCAUACAGGUGACACCAUGGGAGGGAAACUGAGCAAGAAGAAGAAGGCUUACGAUGUGAGCGAUCCCAAAGAAAAAAAAGACGAGGCCGCGACACCGGUUGCGAGCGCCGACGAGUCCGGCAAAGGGGAGGUUGCGGCGGCGCCGCCCGCGGAAGCUCAAUCAACCGAUGCGGAAGACCAAGCCGUCGGUUCAGACGUGGCGGCGGUGACCGAAGCGGCCCAGCCGAAUUCCGCUGCACCUGAAGAGCAAGCGGCAGUAGCAGAAGAACCGGCCGCAGUGAAGGAAGAAGCGGUUCCGGAAGAACCAGUCGUAGUCAAGGAAGAAGCAGCUCCUGUUCCAGAACAGGUCAAGCAAGAAGUCGCUCCAGAACCAGAGCCCGUUGUAGUCGAAGAAGAAGCGGCUCCAGUUCCAGAGGAACAAGCAGCGUCAGAGGAACCACAUGAGGCACCAAAAGAAGAGGCUUCGAAAACAGAGGAAUCGGGUGACAUCAAAGUGGAAACAGCUCCAGUUGAAGAGCAAGCGGCUGCAGUCCAAGAAGAACCCACUGCAGCACCAGAGGAGGUGGUUCCAGUUCUAGAAGAAGCAUUCCCAGAAGAUGUCAAAGAUGUCGUACCAAGCGAGGCAGAACCCGAGUCUGCGGCUGCACCUCAACCCGUUGAGGAACCUUCUCCGGUUAAAGAAACCAAGACAGAAGUAGAGGUUGUUCCCGCCAGUCCCGAGGAGCCACUCAAAGAGCCAGAACCUGUUCCGGUGACUCUUAUUGAGACUGAGGAGAUUUUGGAGGAGCCAGCCCAACCUGUGUCCGCUCAAGAACUUGCACCAUCAGCUGAGCCACUAAUAGACCAAGAGACAAUUUCAGAGCCUAAAGCAGAGCAGGUAACAGAGCCUGAGCCAGAGAAAGAACCAGAACCAGAAGUCGACACACAGGAACCCCAAGGCCAAGAAGCCGAGCCCGAUCCCACCGAUGACAGCGCAGAACUCGAGACUGCCGAUGUCGAGGAAACCCGGGAAACUUGUCCGCUUGCAAACCAUGAACCCGUUGGAGCAGAUGCGGCAGAACUUGCAGAAUCCCAACCUUCUGCAGAAGAAGAUGUGCCUUGCCCGGAAAGUGCGGUCCAAACAAAGAUGGAAAACGGUGAUCCGGAGGACGCGGUGGAAGAACCUGCUCCGCCGGCCGUGAAUGGCGACUGCACAGAGGCCACGCCCCCCGAGGAAUGCCUUAACGGCCUGGAGAAGUCCGCAGAGUCCCCUGUCAAGAAGCUGAGUGACUUUGAACUGAAAACGAACCUGAGCGGGGACGUCCAAGAAGUCCCCGAGGCUCUCGCCGACGUGACGGAGGCGCUGAGUACCGAGGUCACGCAGGAAGCCUGAGCUUUCGACGUCGUGUGAAUGUUGACAGAUGAUGUCACAGAAGGUGUCAAGGAACCGCGAGAGUUUCACAAAAGCCAAAAUGGCGCUUGUGUUUUUCAUGCUAACUCAGGCAAUUUUGUUUUGAGUUUAAAAAAAAAAAAAUCAACAAAAAAAAAAAUCACGCAGUCAGUCGCAUGAUGAUAGACAGAGCUUGGUAGAUGAUAGCGGGUGAAAGGAAAGUUCACGGACACACUCGGGUUUGGAAUCGGAGGGUUGACCCAAAACUGUUCAAACGCACGCCCGAAGAAAAUUCCCGGCCAAAAGCGUAGACGUGUUAUUAACGAGUGAAGUGACUAAAUGUGUCUUUGUGUGUGAGCUGGAUUAAUAUGACGCCAUAUUAGCUGACUUUCCUAUAUUCUUUCUAUGAUGUGCAGAGCCAUACCAUGUUAUGGCCUUUUCUAACAAAUGUGAGAACCUUCAAAUGAUUGAACAGAGAAUAAAAAGAUUGUCAUAGCCCCACA